AUGGCUUUCCCACUUCCUCGGGGCAUUACGCCCUCGGAAAUCGCCUUUCUUGCGGAGAUGGAGACAAUAACCAUUGUGCCUCGACAACGUCUUGAAGGCAUGGAAUUGCUUAGUGGCUCUAUUGAACCUCUCGGUCCACCACGCCGCGCUUCCUUACCCCUCUGGCUCGCGCUCCUGCUAAAACGCCAACGACGUGCACACAUAAUACCUCCCUCAUGGCUACAUCCAGAGCCACUUAGCUUGAUCCUUGAGGUUGAGUCACAACAUCAAGAUUAUAGGAACGCCUUCUCGCCACCUCCACCCCUUCCAGGCCAAGCGAGUGUCACAGACCAUGAAACAGAAUCUAUAGCUCGACCGCAAUAUACACCAGAUGGGCAGAGAUAUUAUGCUGCUCCUCCAUUCCUACCACAAAAUAUUUCGGGGGCUGGAAGUGGUGAGGGAGAAGUACCAGCACUGCCAUUUCAUUGGGUGGAAGUUGGAAACAUGUUGCUUGAUGCAGCAAGCGAUGAUUUAGUGGAGCCAGAUCAACUCCGGCGGAUGUUGAAAGAUCUACGGGAGGUACGAAUGGCAAAAAUGAGAUCUGGUGUGGAUGCUCUGGACGCAGCAGCAACUGGCGGUGGAGGAGUCGCAUUGACGGGUGUUGGAGCAAUGGAAUUGGGUGAAGAGCGUGGCUUCCUCACAGGCGUCGUGGAUAAUCUACGGAAAAUCGGCGCUUCAAAGGAACAAGCCCGGCGGGAACAACUCGCCGACCAGCGCGCAAACGGUGGAUAUGGGGCAACCCAAGAAGACGAAGAAGAAGACUACAUGGAGUUUUAA